CUAACCUUGAAAACUAUACAGAGCAGAAAAAUGGGUCUCAGGGCUCUGACCUUGACGCCUCCACAGAAUGGCAUUUUCACAAACACUGGGUGUGCACACAAGUUCUCAACUUGUAGCGGCGUUCCCAGCCGAAGAAGCCUCAAGAAAUCUUUCUUGGUUUCAGCCAAGAAAGAGAAGAGCGGUGAAGAACCCGCCGCCCAGCAGAGGAAGCAAUCUUUGUUCAGUAGUGUGACGGAAGCCCUGGAUUUCUCCCAGGUUAGAUCCGCCAAAGAUGCCGAGCUUCUUGAAGAUGCUAGGGCAGCAACUCAAUCCGGAGAGAGAAUGUCCAGAGAACAGUAUGGAGCUCUCAGAAGAAAGAUUGGAGGAACAUACAAAGAUUUCUUCAAGUCUUAUGUUGAGGUGGAUGGACAAUAUGUGGAAGAGGGAUGGGUUGAUAAGACAUGCAAAAUCUGCAAGAAGGACACAAAGGGAGAAGCAAGGCAAGUAGACAAGCUUGGAAGAUAUGCCCAUGUUGCAUGCUUGGAGAAGAAAGCCACUUCUGGCAACUUCUUUACCAAACUCUUCUCAUGAAUCAUGAUCAAGAACAACAUGCACUCUGAAAGCAUAAACACAAACUUUUGUUUC